AAGUAAAUCAAUCAAGAUCCAUAGAUCCGGAAUUUUAGUUGCAAUUACUGCAUUAUUAAAUUGUGAGAUGAAUCAAAACCUUAUGAGAUUGUCAGCUUUAGUACCUGCCAGGACUUGUGUUCUAUCAGCGGCUCCAAUUGCCGAUGAGAAACAUGUGACCUCCUCCACCCUCACUCCGGAAAGGACAUAAGGACGAGCCCGCUUUAAAUAAUAAGCGCCCGCUUUUUUCUGAUGUUUCAUGGAGCACUUCCAUCUCGAGACGAUUUAGGCUUUGGAAUCUGCAAAUCUGUCGGAACAUGCGAGAUCUGUCAAAUGAACUGCGUUCGUAAUUUCCGGUUGAUAAUGUUAGCCCUCGCGCCACGGUUUCGCCGUGAGCAUCGGCUGUUACCGGUCUUUCGGACUCAUUCAUUACCUUUGGGGUCUGCGACGAUUGUCAGGGAUUCGAUUGUUCUGUCGGGCAUCUAAGAUGCUCAUAGAAACCAUUCGUAGUGCUCUCUCGGUGAGAGUGCGUAUGGGCCAGUCGAGCCGUCGGAGAGAUGUCACCUGGACAUGAAACGGGCUUUGACUCGACUUUAGCACCGCAGCCCGGAUUGGCCUCGUCAAAUUGUCGUUUUCUUGGAAGACAUGGAGAUACUGAUGCAACCUGCCAAUAAGGCGGAGACUCACCAGAAGGUCAAGACCCAACGGAGACAGGUAUCCGACGCGGAAUGAUAGAGUGCGCUAAGCGGUGACAUCAUGCUGUCGAUGCAGGAAGAAGACUUCGAAAGAGAAGUGAAAGUUGUUGUGGUUGGAAAUGGAUGUGUUGGAAAGACGAGUAUGAUUCGGCAAUUUUGCAAAGGCGUUUACGCUAACGAGUACAAGAAGACCAUUGGCGUAGAUUUUUUGGAAAAGCUUCAGUUUGUAAGAGGCUUAGACGAGGAAGUGAAGAUGAUGCUCUGGGAUACUGCAGGGCAGGAGCAGUUUCAUGCUUUGACUCGGGCUUAUUAUCGAGGUGCUAGGGCUGCUGCCUUGUGUUUUUCUACGAUCGACAGGGAUUCCUUUGAGGCAAUUAGGACUUGGAAGGAAAAGGUCGAAGAGGAGUGCGGGCAGAUUCCGAUGGUCUUGGUUCAAAACAAAGUUGAUCUCUUGGAGAAUGCCGUCGUCUCUAGGCAAGAGGCAGAAGAUUUAGCGACUGAACUAGGACUCCGAUUUUAUCGAAUCUGUGUUAAGGAGAAUCUCUAUGUUGCUGACGUGUUUGAAUACUUGGCGGAGAUGUACCUGCAGAAGGACAUGCGUAUCUACCAUUGCCAACCGAGACCUAACAUUACCAAGGCGGUUGCUUCGAGGAUUGCAACUUCUGCGCCACCGCAAGUUGACAUGAAAGUCGACACCGUUUGUAAAAGAUCGAAAGUCAUCAACAUCAGAAAGAGGAGGAGGCGCAGAUUGCAGUCCGAGUGUUCAAUUUUGUAGCUGCCCCAUUUCCUCAUCCUCAAACUUGAAGUCCACUCCCAUCUACAGACCCUCAAUGUGGAUCGAAGUUUGUGACAUCUUUUCGUUGAGCUGAUUGGAGGAAAGCAGCAAACCGAAGUUUAACAGAAGCUAAUCAUUCCCUCCUUCUGCCACCUUUCAGCAUCCUUCCCACUGUAAUCUUCUAGAGUCCGUGCGAUACUCGUGUGCAUCGAUCUGCAAAGAUCCGAUGGCCGAUGCCCAUUUGUAAAGCUCCUGUGAAAUUCGCUACGUUUCACAUCAUGGGCUUCAAAAGUUGUAUUUUCGAAAAAGGGUGAAUUUGUCCCAGUUCCAAACUUCUUCUUUACUCGGGUAAGAGUCAACAUCUGCAACUGUGAGUGGAAAAUUAGGAGUGAUUUGACUUCUAGUGCCAAAAUUGGGAAGAAUAAAACAUGCACAAUUGUCUACACAUACUUUCAUGGGAAACCAAAUCCUUUCGUCGCACGGUCACUAUCACGUUGGAGCACUCAUCUCAACCUUGAACGCUGAGAGAAAAGGCAGUGACCGGGACAUGCAAAAAGUGAGGGGAUGUGACGGACGUUGUGCACCAAUGUUCAGCCUAAAGUUUGUGAAGCGAAUGAAACCUAUCUACGCACCGUACUUCUGCACCAGAGCAAAAAGCACAUCCAUGUGUGGGCAAAGUAUCGGAGCUCACCCUCUGUUCCUGUCCUCACGUGGCGAGGACUGACAUCGUAUCAACCGAAUGUUUACCAUCGGUUCCAGAAAUUUACUUCUUAGUGGAAUGGAUAAAGUCGAAGAGACUAGUGCAGAUAACGUUCAACUAGUUGACUGGUACAAUUUUCUGGUAGCCAGAUACAUUCAGCGAGUUUUGGCUGUUUUUGUUCCCGUUUCCUCUCGGAGUAUCUUGAUCUCUUCAUUCCCUUUUCACAGAAGGCUACUGUAUUUCAGCUUUCAUGUCACCUCGUGGAGUUUAUACUCUAAAGUAUCUUGCAAGUUCGACGUCAACUUCUUGUAGCUGAUUUACUUUAUCUUGCCAACCAGUACAACUUUGACGGUAGAUAUAGAACAUGAAGGACUCACAGCAAGCCUGAAGGCAGAAUUAAACAUUUUUCCCACUAUUGAGUGGUAUUGAGAUAUAUUUUACACACUCAGCAAGCAUCGCC